AGAAGUAGAAACAACACAGCACAAGUAGCAUCGGCGUUGCGGCCGCCGCCUGUGUAGCCGACUGAGCACCUCGUAGCGUAGUAGGCACGGAGAUUAGCUGUUUGUGAGGGACUAGGAGCAGGCGCGCCCGCCUACGUAGCGAUAGAGCGCCGCCCGCGGGACGCACACGCACACGCAGUAGCGUAGCCGACCCCCCCCCCCCCCGGCAUCAUGACGGGAUGGAACCAGAAGAUGGCCAAGAUGGCCUUUCGGCGGUCGAAGUUCCGCCGCCUGGCGUGGGGCGACGGCGACCCGUACCCCUACACGCCCCGCGCCACCUUCCGCUACCAGUGGGACGACUGGCCGAUGUGGGAGAAGAUGUGGCACCUGGCCGUGGGCGUGCUGGGUGUGGAGUUCGCCGUGUGGGCGUACUACUCGAAGCUGAACAGCCGCAUGGACUGGGCGCGCGAGGAGGCGCUGCGCCGCAUGCGUCUGCGCCGCGAAGCGCAGGAGCUGAUGGUGCUGGAGGGUGAGACCUUCACGAGCGACAUUCAGCCGGAUCGCCACUGA